UGGAGGAAGAAAUGGCAGGCCCUAGUCAACUCUGUAUUCGCCGCUGGACUACUAAGCAUGUAGCAGUGUGGCUGAAGGAUGAAGGUUUCUUUGAAUAUGUGGACAUUUUGUGCAACAAGCACCGACUGGAUGGAAUCACAUUACUCACACUGACUGAAUAUGAUCUUCGAUCUCCUCCUCUGGAAAUCAAAGUCCUAGGAGACAUUAAAAGGUUAAUGCUCUCGGUCAGGAAAUUGCAGAAAAUCCAUAUUGAUGUUUUGGAGGAGAUGGGCUACAACAGCGACAGCCCCAUGAGUCCCAUGACUCCAUUCAUCAGUGCUCUUCAGAAUGCAGACUGGCUCUGUAACGGAGAGCCCACACACAACUGUGAUGGACCCAUCACUGACUUGAGUUCUGAGCAGUACCAGUACAUGAAUGGCAAGAACAAACAUUCUGUUCGAAGAUUGGACCCAGAGUACUGGAAGACCAUACUGAGUUGUGUAUAUGUUUUUAUAGUAUUCGGGUUUACAUCUUUCAUUAUGGUUAUUGUUCACGAGCGAGUGCCUGACAUGCAGACCUAUCCACCACUCCCAGAUAUAUUCUUAGACAGUGUUCCCAGGAUCCCGUGGGCCUUCUCCAUGACUGAAGUGUGUGGCAUGAUCCUGUGCUACAUUUGGAUCCUCGUUCUUCUUCUUCACAAGCACAGGUCGAUCCUUCUGCGCAGGCUCUGCAGUCUGAUGGGCACCGUCUUCCUGCUUCGCUGCUUCACCAUGUUUGUGACCUCCCUCUCGGUGCCGGGACAGCACCUGCAGUGUACUGGAAAGAUAUAUGGAAGUGUGUGGGAGAAACUACGCCGGGCGUUUGCCAUUUGGAGCGGCUUUGGUAUGACCCUGACUGGCGUCCACACUUGUGGAGAUUACAUGUUCAGUGGCCACACAGUUGUUCUAACCAUGCUGAAUUUCUUUGUCACAGAGUAUACGCCAAGAAGCUGGAAUUUCUUGCAUACUCUAUCCUGGGUUCUCAACCUCUUUGGAAUUUUCUUCAUCUUGGCUGCCCAUGAACAUUAUUCCAUUGAUGUGUUUAUUGCCUUUUAUAUCACAACAAGACUCUUUUUGUACUACCAUACUCUAGCCAAUACCAGAGCGUAUCAUCAGAGUAGGAGAGCGAGAAUUUGGUUUCCUCUGUUUUCUUUCUUUGAAUGCAAUGUUAAUGGCACAGUACCUAAUGAAUAUUGUUGGCCAUUUUCUAAACCAGCAAUAAUGAAAAGACUGAUUGGAUGAAGACUAUCUCUGUAAUGAGUUUGUUGUUAAAUAUACAGUAGUUAUGGAAUGAAAAUGAAUAACUUUGCUUUGUCCCCAGGUUGUUCCUGGAUAUGUUGCAUUUUGGCUUAUAUGUUGACAGGUUUCCUGUUCUGAGCAAGACUGUGACUAUAAAACUCAAGAGCAACCAAGACUCCUCAGCUAGCUGUUUGAACAGAGUUCGAGGACAGAUUUGCUGCCCCUCCUUCACUGUAGGAAGACCCAGUCUGAGGGUGAUAUCAGGCCAUAACCCGUGCAUGCUGAGCGUUUAGCAGCCUCCUGAACUCAAGCACAUCAGUGUGGACUGGUGGGUGGAUUUGUAUUGAUUUCCAGUAGGACUCAAGUCAAGAAAGGUUUCUUGAAGCUGUCCCCACCGACUGAGCGUUCUCAGUUGUCCAUUGAACUGAUCUGUGUCUGUCUGGAAAGUGAUUGUCUUACCAGUAAGUCUUUUACCCUUUGAUCCCUGUGUAAGAAAAGCACACUGAACACAGCAGCUUGUAUGGAACAAGAAGAGAAUGGAAGGGGCCAUGUGUCAGGUGUCACUGGCCUUCCCACGGAUGCAAACAUGGGGGGCAGCAUUUUCAGCACAGGUGUAAUUCCUGUUUUGUUUGGAAGCUUCAGUGUGAACAAGAGUGAGGAUUCGGGGGGAACAGCUGCGCAGUUCAUGCUAGUAAAGUGGUGUCCCUUCAGUGCUCUGAGGAUGUGGAGCACGUUUGUGUCCUAACAGUGAGGCAGGCGACAGCCCAUUCUACUGCUUUUCUAAUGACAAGUCAGAGUGUUAUCAGAUGUUAAAGUUCUCAUGUCAGUAAAUAAGUAAAUGUGCAUGCAAAGAAUUCUUUUCUUCUAGUGAAAAAAAUCUACAGGUUGGAGGCAUAGUGUUAAGUCUUUGAGGUUUAUUUUGUUUUCCUGAAAUUUCUCAUUCUUGACCUUUGAAAGUAAACAGUCUGAGGCAUACUUGGACACAAAAAACUUGUUGCUUUUUAUUUUAAAAAAUAAUUGUGUACAUACAUUCUUUCUAUAGUCUUAAUUAGGCAGUCAAGAACUAAAAUAAAUGAGCUGCUGUUUACACUAGAAAAUUACCUUCAGUAAUUAAUUUCUCCUCUCUACCAUUUGUCACUUUAUUUUUGACUUUAGCCUGCUUAUAGAGUUGGAAAUUGACCUUCAGUUUAAACAAGUGGAAUACCAAUUGUGUAGUUUUUACAUUCCAUUUUAAUACAAGGACUUUGAGGAGCUACGGGCAUCCUGAGGUGACAAUUAGACCACAGCAGAUGCUUGUGUUCCUUCUCUGUCUGAGUGAAAUCUCCGGUAUUGCAGUUGGAGUCAAUAGCCCCACCCUCCCCGAAGCUACCUGGGUGAAUUAGGCAGGGGAUACUAGGCAGGUGGGUUUCAGCCCGUGCUGAACAAAACACUUUGAGUCUGCUAGAAACAUCACUCAUUUCUCACUUGAGAAAUGAUGUGAAGCAACUCAAGCUUGAUUAUGUUUUUAAAUCUUAUACUUCAGAUUCUUACAGUAUUUUAAAUUGUUGAUUCUGUUAUAAGCCAGGAUCAAAAACACCAAUAUCUCUUGUAAAGAAAUUGCAUAAUCAUGGAGUGAAGGUUUUCCAUGCUUGUUUGAGUGGUUUGACUUGAGGUCAAAGGCUACUCCUGUCACCCCUUUUCACAUCCCCACCCCAACAUAGCAGGACCCAACUUAGCUAGGAGGAAGCUAGUGUUGGCUUUUGGGAGACUGUUCCAAAACCAUCUGUGUCCACGUUAAUUUUAAAAUGUUAACUGUAUUAACGAUGAAUGUCUUAACAUCAGGCUUCUCUCCUCCAUAUGGAUUCUAUUGUAGAACAAAAUAGGAAAGUAAAUACAGCUAGCUUUGCAGCGCUAUCCGUGGUGAGAGUGCCUGGCAGCAGCCUGCAGUGAGGAUUGUGAGUGGUCUUGCAGUUACUCUUUUUUUUUUUUUUUUGAGGAAAAGGUAAGCUAGACUGUAACCUAUUAGCUAUUAUAAGACAGUGUUUACAUGAGUUAAUCAUCUUCAAGUCUCACAACUGAGACAAAAUUGUAUUUGUCUUCACACCUUUUUUCUCUUGCUGAAAUCUUAACUGUAGUAAAGAUAGAAUUUCUGUUUACAUUUUUGGCAUGGUGUGGCUGGGUGGAGAAGCUCCAUGCUUUUGGAUCUUGUAUUUGAUUCUGCUGUUGUAGAAGGCUUUCAUCCUUGACAGCUUUGUACAGAAGGAGGCAAAGGCUUUGAGUUGGGAUGCAAAGUAGAGGUUUCCUAGAAGUCCUUGAUGGAUCGAUCGCCUCUGGUCCAGAAACAGCAGUAUUGCCCUCCUCGUGGUGCUAACCCUGUGGCUGUGUGUGCUGGGCACGUCCUCUACUACUGAACUACAGCAUUAGCUCUGUGUAUUUUACAGGGCAAGGCGGAGUAUCUUGAAAGGUGGUUGAAGCCAGAGGAAAGGAUCGAGGUCUUAAGGAAGCUUGCUCUCAUCUCCACAUCUUUGGCAGAAACCUUUUUGUCUGUGUCGCAGUUCCCACUGAGGCUAUCCUCCAGUUCUCUCUGACUGGAAUUGCUGUAGCAAAAGUGCUACUUUAUAUGCUGGUUCUACAUGUUGAUAGUCUUAGAAUCAGUCAAUCUAAUAAGGGUGGGCUGUGACCAAGAAACCGCACUGCCGGGAGCAUGAUACUGACAACACUGUGGGUGGUGAUAGCCCUAUUCUGCCUGCCUGCCUGCCUGUGUUCUGACUGGGAAGUCAUACAAAUCCCUCAUUUAUAAGCAGAGAACAGAGGAGCAGAAUCCUUUUAUAGCAGAGAAGCAGCAGUCUGUUUUAGGAACAUUUGUGCAAAACUUUUCCUUCCUUCCUUUUUUCCUUUCUUUUUUCUUUUCUUUUCUUUC